AUGGUGAACGUGGGCAUCCUCAAGAAGGCAAACAUGAUCAUCCAUGUCGUGCAAGCGAUAUGGGCCGUCGUACUGAUGGGGAUCCUAAUGGCCAGUCUGGUCGCCGACGGCCCAGCCAGCGGUGCCGCGAAAUACAUGUUCACCAUGUGCUGGUUGAUGGUACCGUGUCUUAUCUAUCUUACGCAAGCUCCGAGAUUUGCUAGGACCCAGAUGAUCGCGCAUCCGUACUGGGUUAUCGGUGUGAAUUCUAUGAUAUCUCUCCUCUGGUUCGCGGCAUUCGUCUCUGUCGCAGCAUACACAAAUGGCGGCAUCUCCGACGGCGAGAAGAAGGAGAAGGAUGAUAAAAUAAAGGCUAAGGGCGGGUGUGCACUCUUCCCCGCAGGCACUGGCGAGGCAGAGAAGGCGUGCACCAUGAACAAGACCGCUGUCGGAUUGGGUGUUAUCAUGUGGUUCCUCUGGCUCGGCACCACCGCAAUCGCCGGUUACGCAGCUUGGUACUUCCGUCAGCACUCGUGCUCGCCAUUUGAAGACCUCACGAACCCCAGCCACGACAUCCAGGAGACCACCAAGGAUGCCUUCAGCUCCAACGACGAGUACGCGCUCAUCAACAAGAACCACGACGACGAGGAGGAUGGCCAAUCCCAUCGCCCGGUUAGCGCAUACGACAACACCUCCCACCGCCCCAUCAGCGCCUCCAACUCCUCCCAUAACCGCACCUCUUCAAUCGGCUCCUACGACGGCUACGAAGCUCACCCCGGGAACCCGGUACCGUGGGGUGAAGGCAGGGAGCCCUACGACAUUAGCGGCCAGCAGGGGAGGAUCCCGCCGGCGGGCACAAGGAUCGGGAAUACACCCCCGCAUGUCGGCCUGGACAUGCCGAUCUCGCCCAUCGACAUGGACUACACGUAUAGAGGCGCCGAUUUGAGGUAG